AUGUCGUCGUCGAAUGGAGAGAUGGCUGGAAAGAACGGUUUUGAGUCAUUUAAUUUGGACCCGCGGUUACAGCAGGCGCUGGUGCAAGCCGGGUUUAGCGAGCCCACUUUGAUCCAGGAGAAUGCCAUUCCACUGGCGUUGAGCGAGAAGAAGGAUAUCGUUGCCAGGGCCAGGACGGGUUCUGGUAAGACAGCAGCUUAUUUGAUUCCGAUUAUUGAGUCGCUGUUACAGGCGGCUGGGUCUGGUAAUGCUGGUACAGGAGUUAUUAGUACUUUGAUUUUGGUGCCGAGUAAAGAAUUGGCGGAUCAAGUUGUUAAAAUGACGACUAUGCUUACUACGUACUGCACCAAGUUGAUCCAGGUGGUGAAUAUUUCUCAAGCUACCAGUGAGCAAGUACAGACUUCGCUUUUGUCGGAGAAUCCGGCAAUUGUGGUAGCUACUCCAGCUAGGGCUCUGGCUCAUAUCAAGAGAAAGUCCUUGGAUACAAAAUCAUUAGCAUACUUUGUGAUUGACGAGGCAGACCUUAUUCUGUCGUAUGGUCAUGAAGACGAUUUGAACGAAUUGGCUGAACUGCUGCCUAAAUCUAUGCAAACAUGGCUCAUGAGUGCUACACUCAGCGACGAGAUUGAUGCCAUUAAAGGCAAAUUCUGUCGUAAUGUGGCAGUUCUCAAGCUACAAGAUACAGUGUCAUCCGAACAGCUGCUGCAGUACUACGUCAAGUGUAAUGAACUCGAUAAGUUUUUAUUGGCAUAUGUUAUUUUUAAACUCAAGCUGGUUAAGGGAAAGACGAUUGUGUUUGUCAACGAUAUCGACCGUUGUUACCGACUCAAGCUAUUUUUUGAGCAGUUCGGCAUCAAGAGUUGUGUACUGAACUCGGAACUGCCAGUGUCGUCCCGUCUUCAUAUUGUGGAUGAGUUCAACAAAAACGUAUAUAAUUUAUUAAUUGCUACUGACGAGAGCAAUGAAAAAAUCGAAGAUGACGAAGAUGAUAAAGACGAUGCCACUGCCAACAGUAAUGGAAAUGACCAAGAAAAACAAACUGAUUCACAACCCACCGAAAAUACACAAGAAACACAAGAAACACAAAAGAAAAACAACAACAAUAACAAGUCAAAAGACUAUGGAGUCAGUCGAGGAGUUGAUUUCCAGAACGUAGCAUGUGUCCUAAACUUCGACCUUCCCACCAGCACUAAAUCAUAUACACACCGUAUUGGACGUACUGCACGAGCAUCGAAGACCGGAAUGGCAUUAUCGUUUGUCGUUAGCAAAGAAUCAUGGGGAAAACACAAGCCAUCCAUGUUAGCCAGUGCUAAGAGAGAUGAGAAAGUGCUGAACCGAAUUAUCAAGACCCAAGGCAAGCAAGAUAACGAGCUCAAACCAUAUUCUUUCGACAUGAAACAAGUCGAGUCGUUCCGAUACAGAAUGGAAGACGCAUUCCGUGCGGUCACCAAAGUGGCUAUUCGAGAAGCCCGAGUAAAAGAGAUCCGACAAGAACUGCUUGCCAGUGAUAAACUGAAACGACAUUUCGAAGAGAACCCCGAGGACCUGGCCAACCUGCGACACGACAAAGAACUGCAUCCCGCACGAGUCCAGGGCCAUCUCAAACGCGUGCCCGACUACCUUCUCCCCAAAACCGGUCAAAAGCCCGCUGCCUUCACGGGCCAUGUGCCAUUCAACAAAACCAACAACAAACACAGAGUCCACAAAUCCAAGAAGUCCUCGAAAAAGAGAGACCCUCUCAAGAGCUUCAAAAGACGCUAG